AUGAAGGAGGAAUGUUGGAUCGCCGAUCUCAACAAUGACGAGCUCAGGGAGCUGUUCGAGCUCAGUGGCGAGAGAACCGAUGGUCCCGCGGUCAAGCGCCGGAAGCGCGCUCAGGCGGUCAAGUGGAAGGCUGUAGGCAGUGUUGAAGGUAGAGGACCGGACAAGGGCAGGCCGCGAGCAGGGAAGUGGUUCGGUGGUGGCCUAGCUCAAGCGGGGGUAGUUGCAAGGCCCAAAAUCAAGCCGGCCCUGCCCGGCCAGCUGGCACGGAGAGUGCCAUGGACCUUGGCGGCGUUCUACAUCAGGUGCCCCGGAGGCACCGGUGAGUGGCCAAUUAAGAGCAGCUCCGGCACGGCGCACAUGACCGUGCAUGUUUCCAGCUUGCAUGGUGGGGGGGUGAGCUGCUUCAGCCGGCCGACAGACGAUGCCCCCGAGCUCAACGAGGAUUUCCGAGUGAUCCGAGCUACAGUUGAGUCGGCCGAAGCAGCUUUGCCUAGCCCAGAGCCGCUCACUAGCAAACAGAAAAAGCAUCGGAAGCGGCAGCAGCGGUAUCAGAAAUCGUCGCAGAAAUACUUAGAGCCCAUGAAAACGGUAGUGAGGAAUGACCUGAAUCCGGAGAGGACCGAGCGUAUACUUUUCAAAGGAGAUGAGGAGUGCAUUAGACUUUUCGUUAUCGAUAGAAACGGUACUGCAGCGACGACCUACACGGGUCAGGCCGUGAGCUUCGAGGAAGAAAGGCAACAGCUGCAGGCAGGUCGUGCGAACGGCCUGGUGCUCGGCAACUGCAACUACCCAGCGCAUUGCAGCGCGGUGCUGGCAGUGGAGUGGGAUCCAAAGGCCGGAACGAAGCUCGCGUCUGCAUCGGCAGAUGGGAUUCUGCGCCUUUGGGACCCCACCUCCGGCACAUGCGGCGAUCUGCUGGAGGCCACGGAGCCCCGCGGCUUCGCCGGCUGCAUCUCCUGGGCUCCUGACGGCGUGCGACUGGCCACCGGCUAUCAGGAUGGCGAAGUGGUGGUGUGGUAUCCUCACGCCGCCUUGGCCACGGUGAGCUGCUCUGGGCAUACGAACCAAGUCAGGUGCAUUGCGUGGAGCCCACAAGGCAAGGAUUGCGUGGCUUCCGGCUCCCUUGAUGGGACGGUGAGGAUAUGGGAGCCCAAGAAAGGCAAGUGCUUGAAGACCUGCCAGGGCGAUGGCGGAUAUGUCUACUGUCUCCUUUGGCACCCGGAGGCCACAUCCUUGGCGGCCGGCAGCACAGACGGCAUUGCCCGGCUUUUCGACCCGCUCACUGGGACCUGCAUCGUACGUUGGGAGGGCCACGUAGGCCCCAUCUCUUCCCUGGCCUGGGGACCAGGUGCGACGAGCCUGGCGACCGGUUCGCAUGAUGGCUCUGCCUUCAUUUGGGGCGUGGACACCGGCCGGCAGGUUGCGUGCUGCAGCACUCCUGGAAGAGUUUACACCAUCGCUUGGAGGAACGACUCCCAGCGCCCAAGACUGGCCACUGGAUCGAGUGAUGGCAGCAUCUGUAUCUUCGAUGCCAGCCUUGGAGUCUGCAUGACGCGAUUUCAAGGACACUUUGGUGCAGUGUUCUCCCUGGCCUGGAGCACUGCACCCGACGAUUCACUUUGUCUAGCCUCCGGUGGCGAGGAUGGUACUGUGCGAGUGUGGGAGGCACGAGCGGCGCAAUGUCUGGCCGUCCACAUCGGUCACGCUGCGGGUGUCAUCUGCGUACGCUGGGCGCCGAAAGGCAAGCGAAUUGCCUCGGCUUCGGAGGACGGCUUGGCAAAGAUCUGGGACAUCGCGUAA